AUGUCGGGUUCUAAAUUGUUGGACCUCGUUAAGUUAUUGCUAAACAAUCACCUUCCUAAAGAUGACACCCUACUACAAAACCUUCUAACUAUAUUGCCUAAUUAUUUUCUAACUAGAAGAGAUGUGGCAGACGAGAUAAUUGACGUUUUCAAAUACCUAGACCCGGAUCAAAUGGUGAAAAAUCUACAGCCAUCAAUAAUUAGCUUCUUGCUACAGUUACUUGGGCAAAGCUGUGAAACAUUCGACAAAUGCAUUGUUCUCUUUAAAGCCGACAGACAUUUCGUUCGUCGACAGGCCGCACAGCUCUUAAAACAGUACAUCCCUAUUUUAAUUUCAUCUUCCGGGGACAAGACUAACAAGGCUAACAAUGAUCGACUACUUGAGAGUUUACUGGCGCACAUUAAUUCAGGUUUAGUUACGGGGGUCUCAGGUUAUAGCGAUGUACAGGCAGCUAUGGAGUUACUAGAUAUCAUUUAUGACUGCCCGAACAGCAAGGAUAACCUUAUUUUGCAAAAAUUUAAUUUCUGUAGCGCUUCAUUAGAAGUUAUAAAGAAUAUGAAACCAGAAAACAUUGAUGACAUUUUUAACUACCUGGAUAUAACUGUAAAAUCACCUCAGCCGGAGCAAGAUACGCUACAGUUAAUUAUAAAAUUAAUUACUCAAUUAAUAAAUAAUGACGAUGGUGGUGAAAGUAGGAGUGGUGAUGAUGGUGAUAUACACCACAUACACACACACGUCAACUUUGGCGGCUUCCGAGAGGGGAUUGGUCGCCGUAACACAAAUGGUUGUGGUAGAAAGGAUGAGGAUGGUGGUAGUGGUAGGAAGCAUAAGGCGAUGAUAUUGUGCUCUUGGCUAUUGAAAAGAAGUGACUUUGGUCAGUAUAUCGACCUCCAACAUUACCUCCUAAGUCCACUGACGACUCUGAUGGCUAAAGCAGCCACGACACUUGCGGCACAAAAACGCCUCUUCAGUCGCUGUAACAAUAAUAAUAAUAGUAAUAAGAACAAUAAUAUUAAUAAUAAUAACAAUACUAGUAAUGACAAUAAUAAUAAAUAUAGCGAAAGAAAUAAUAUUUGCGUCAAGAUAAAUACAAAUAAUAAUGAGAAUGAUGGUGGAAAUAUCAGUAGUGAUGCGGUUCUUGCCUGCUUGAGGCUCACCAGCAACGCGAUAAAGAAAUUUAACCAUCUUGAGUUAAUCAUGACUCUCUGCACCAACUUUAUCAAUAUCUUCUUUGCAAACGAUGAGAUGAAGAAUAAUUCUUCAUCGUCACCAUCAUCAGACUCUCCCCCACCACCAUCAUCACCACAUAUUCCGAAAAAAAAAACAUCAUCAUCAUCCACUCCACUUUUUACGUCAUCAUCAUCAAGACCACCGCGUUUUUCGUCAUCAUCACAACUUCCUGUUACGUCAUCAUCAUCGUCACAGCCUAUAUCGUCAGAAUUACCGCCACCAUCAUCAUCGUCACCAUCUUUUCCGUUAAUAUCACCAUCAUCAUUGCGAGCUUGUAAGUCAUCAUUAUCAAGACCACCGCCUUUGUCGUUUUCAUCAUCAUCAUCACCACCACCACAACAACAACUUCCUGUUUCAUCAUUAUCAUCACAACCUCCUGUUGCGUCAUCAUCAUCACCACAACCACAACAACUGAAUUUGAAACACUUGUUAGCCUCGUUAGACGUUCUGUGUGGGACAUUCGAGUGUGAGAGGACCUGUUUUAAAAAUGAACUUAAUCUCUAUAGUCGAGCCAGAGAUACAAUCGCGAGUCUGUUGCAGAGGUACAGCAGAGACCAGAGGGUAGUCUACAAGUCUUUGCUGUGCCUCGAGAAGAUCCUCAUCGCGCUCAGUCUCACAAUCAUACACGAAACAAUUCACUAUAAUAAAUUUAAAUAUAAUAACAAUAAUAAUAACAGCAAUAAUAACAAUAAUAAUAAUAUAGAUGAUGAUAUAGUUAUUAGCGGCGCUGAUGUAAUCACAGGUGAUAUUAAAAUAAUCCUGAUUCAACUGCUUGGAAGCGACAUCUGGGACCUGAGGGAUUCCGUGAUAUCCUUCGUUGGCCAACUCUUUGCGUCAGAUUUCGUACCAUUAUCCUUGACGAUGACGUCAUUUCAGCUUCACAAAUUGUUAGAAUGUUCGUUGAACGACGAAGAGGAAUACGUCAGGAGUUCCGGACUUAAGGCCCUGGCCAUUUUGAUUGAUAGAAUAUUAAGGACAAUGACCAAGAUGUGCUUACGAAGCCAUGAAAUUGAUAAAAAUUUCGAUAAGUCAGCUGGACACGAUUACAUAGUGACGUUGGUCGAAAAGGUCGCCCGCACAUCCCUGGCCGACGAAGAGGCCGUAGUUAGGAGAUCGGCCGUCGCCCUGAUUAGCGAAUACGUUCUCAUGUCAAUGACACACUCAGACAGGAUAAAACCAUCGGAUUCGAACCAGGACACUUCUGACUUGGUAGCAUCAAAACCGCCGAUGAGUGAUCUCCACAUCCAGUUAAUCACACGUCUACUGAAGGUUUUAAGCAACGAUUUAGACUGGGAAGUUAAGGUGUCGGUGUUGAACUUUCUAAAAUCUCUCCUAUGCUACCAUUUUUCUACCCCCAUGAAUCGAAAUUUUGAGGUCACGGUCGGAGUUCAAGAGUUGCAGAAAGUUCAUCCUAUCGACCCGAUUAUAAACUCCAUUCUGGUGUCCAUCAUCGGAAGUUUGGACGACUGCGACUCCAUAGUCGAGGCGAAAUCAAAGGAAGUUUUAGGCGCCUUCCAUGAGUAUUCAGUUGCAGAUAUGAUCCCGCCGCGAAUCAAAGCAACUCUGGACGAAGCAUUUUCUCUCAUCUUGAGACGUCGAACAAAUUUGGAAGCCAAAGUUUGCGAAAAAGUGAUCGAACAAGCUAAAAAGAAACCCACCACAGAAAGCAAUAAUAAUAAUAAUAAUAUGGACGCUAAUGAUGAUAAUGAUAAUAGUUUCCGUGUAAAUUCACUUUUAGAAGACGCACUGAGGAGCUUAGAGUCGCCGGAAGAGCAGCGUUUGCGUCGGAAUAAGCAGCUUGUGGCUGUAGCCAUGUUUAAUGAUGAUGAUGAUAAUGAUCAUGAUGAUGGGUGGAGUACUGAUGGUGAUGAAGAUGAUUUUACAAGCCUGGAUUGUUACAAUUGAUUCCGAUUGGCUUAUUAUUUCCAGCCUUCAUAGGACUGUUGUUUCCGCGUUUGUUUAUUGUAAUAACGUUGUAAAGGGCGCAAUGUUGGUUUAUUUAUUUAUUGACGUACUCUUUUGAAAUGACGUCACACCUACAAGAUAAACAAAGCUUGCUUCUGGGUUUUUCACUUUCAUUUUGAAGAAAAAUAAACAAAUUGUAAUACGUUGCGA